AUGAAAAUAGACAAUUACUGGCUCAAUCCUCGUACGCCAACUUCAAGCCGGUUUAAUUCUUUAAAUGAAGAAUUCAAUGUUGGCAAUGAAGAGACACAAGAAAAUGUUAAAAUACCAAAACCUCCUCCAAUAUUUAUUGCAGGCGUCAAUGAUACAAAACCACUUAACCUUCUACUAAACAGCAUAGCGAAAGAAAAUAAAACAAUUAUAGUUCUAAACGAUGACCAAGUAAAAGUUCAAGCCAAAACAAUUGAAAUAUAUAUCAUUAUAAAAGCAUUAGAUGAAAAGAAAACUGAAUACCACACAUAUAAAAAAAGGAGAUAA